AGUUGGUCCAAGCAGCGGUUUGCUCUCAGUCUUUUGCUUCAGUCCUUUCGCUCAAAAACAUGGGGUCUGGUGCAUCUACAGAGGAGGUGAAGGGUGCCAUCAGCGGAAAGUCACCUGAGGAGAUCGCAGCGGCCUUGCGAGAGCUGCCAGCUGAUCAGCUCGCGAAGAUCAAAGAUGCUUGCAACAAAGGUGGCCCCUGCCCCGGGCCCGUGGAUUGCAGCGCCAUCACCGUGGUGGCCAAGGACUAUAAGGGCUUGUUGGAGCAGCCAAAGGAGCCCAAGUUCAAGGGCGCCCUUUGCCAAAUCUUUGUGCGUGGCCAGCCCUAUGGAGGUUCAGACGAGAGCAACAAUGGGCACCGCUAUGACUCCAUCCCCAUGGCCAACGGCAUGAUUAACGCAGGCAUGUCGUGCCAGUUGAUCCACUAUACGCAUGAGGAACACGACACUUUCUUCACCCUUUGCAAGAAGUUUGAUUUCAUUAUCGUUCGUUGCAACCCGGGGCAAAUCAAAGCCGACGGGGGAGAUCAACAGAAGUUCGAUGAUGGGAUGCGUGCCCUUCGCAAGGCCGGCAUCCAGAUUUGGCCAUCCCCAGAUGUGAUGGAAAAGAUGGGUGCAAAGGAUGCGCUUUGCAAGGUGGCUACGAUGAACAUCGGCCUGGAAGACACGUUGGCCUACUACACACCCGAGGAGUUCGCAGCGGGCUUCAAGAAGACCAUGGCCUUCCAACCUCGUGUCAUCAAGCAGAACCGAGGCUCCUCUGGCGAAGGCAUCUGGAUCAUCAAAUUGAAGGAGGAGAACUAUUGCAAGGAGUAUGGUGAGAGGUCUUGCGAGGAUUCCGAAAAGCUCCUGCUCAUGGAAGCGAACGACAACCACGAGGAAGAGCACACCGUCGCGGAAUUUAUCGAAUUCUGCGUGGCGGGGCGCACCGAGAAGUCAGGCGAAUGGACAUCCAAAGGAGUGGGCAAGUAUUUGGAAGGCGGCAAAGAAGCCGGGGGCCAGCUUGUGGAUCAGCGCUUUUGCCCUCGAAUUGUUGAGGGUGAGCUGCGCUACAAUCUCAUCGGAGAUUCCUUGAUCGGUGUUAUUCACAAGAAGCCCAAGGAGGGUGGCAUUUCCGCCGUCGGCGGAACGGGUUCCAUCUACACCUUCUACGGCCCUGAUGAGCCGCUCUUCAAGAGCUUGACCGAAAAUUUCUUGAAGAAGGACUUGCCUCAUGUUAUGCCAUCCUUGGAUUUGGCAGAAGAACCGUUGCCGUUGUGGUGGACCACGGAUUUCAUCAAUGCCUCACCACCGGGCACCGCGCCGGAAGACGAGAAGUGGAUUGUCGGUGAAUUCAAUUGCUCUUGUGUCGGGAUCUCAAGAUGCCUUGCAGCCUAUUGCAAGGAUGACACCCCAAAUGCCAACUGGGAUGACAUCUCCGAAGAAGACAAGGCGGAGGCGAAGAAGAUGGGAGAUCUGAUGGGAGAGAAAGCCUUGGCAAUCCUCAGCAAGAAGUGAUCAUCACAAGCCUGGGCGGUUGCGCUCCGAGUGGCUGAGGUUUCACAUUUGGCCAUACCUGUGUUCACACGCUUGAAAUCGUUGUUGCGACGCCCUUUGGCGGCAGCCUUCAGGCUUUGAGAACACAGCCCACGCGUAUCGUGGCUUCUUUUGGGCCAAAUUUGAAUUUGUCCAACCACCGAAGGUGUGAGACUCCAGGGUGGAUGAAUUGAGUUCACCCUGUCCACCGGCACUGCUAGACG